AUUGACUUCGGUCACGUGAUGCUGCCUGAGGGACUAGAGGUCCCUCAUCCCUCACUGGCCGACGGGACGCUGCAGAGCGACGGUCCCCUCGUCACCUCAGGGCCGGUCCUGCACCAGGACACCAACACCAUCGUCAUCCGGGACUUCUCCUAUAGCGGCGACCUGGACGACGCCAUCUUUGUGGUGGGGAGCGGGGAUGUGGCGGCCGCGGGGGUGCAGCUCCCCGACGAGAAGGGGGGCGAGGCUCCCCUCCGCAAGUACAAGAGGGAGACCCUGAGCCUCAGGCUCCCCAAGGAGGCCAGAGGGAAGCCAGUGCAGUAUGUGGGGGUGUGGUCCCCCUCCCAGGGGAUGAUUACCUCGGUUACCUUCCCCCCCAACGACCGCAUUCCCCCGCCAGUCGAGUCCCUCGUCUAGGGGGACUCCAGGGGGUAACCCCAGGGGGAUCACGGACCUAAACGGGAUCGUUGAUUCAAAGAGGAUCGGGGACCAAAGGCAGACGGGGACCCAUGGGGGACCGUGGAGCCAAAGGGGUUCACCGACCCAAGGGGCUCAAGGACCCCAAAAGGGCCGAGGACCCAUAGGAGGCCGUGGACCCAAUUAAGGUGACCGUGGACCCAAAGGGUUUCGCGGACCCAAAGGGGGCCGCGGACCCUAAAAGGUUCUCGGACCCAAGGGGGCCGUGAACCCAAAGGGGACCGGGGACCCAAAGGGGUUCUCGGACCCAAGGGUCCAAAGCAUGCCAAUGGGCCCGGGUUGCAAGCAGUAUUGAAGCUUCGUUACGUUGUGCAAUAUAUAAUAUGCCAUAAUAAACUUUAUUUUCUGCUUA